AUGUGCAGCUCCGGUCCUUUCCUCGAGCAAUUGUCCCACCUGCCCACAUUAACAACAAUGGUCUUCACUCCUACUCUCCGCCGCGCCGCGGCCCAGGCCUCCACCUCCGCCUUUGCGCCCAAGUACACCAUCCCCCGCCGUGUUGCUGGCUUCACCAUCCCCGCCGCCGUCCAGGCUGGUACUCUCGCUGCCAGCUUCGGUGUCUUCGCCGGUACCGCUGCCCUCUUCAUGCUCGGCGAGGUCCCCCGUGUCCGCCGCGACAUCCUCCAGCAGAUUCCCGGUCUGGACACCUACUACGACCGCCGCAUUGCCCCUGAGGACAACCCCUUCUAA